AUGAGUGCCCUAUCCGUAGUCCUGGGGACCGAGGCAGCUCGGGACCAGAUUGCUAAUGCAUUGUACAUUGUGAGCACGUCUUACAACUACCCCGCGACAAGAAAGUUGAGCAGUGGCACAGCGGCCGCAAGCAUUGCUUGGACAGUGGAAUAUGCCGCUGAGCUGUACAAGACAGUCAUGGAAGCGGUGGUGGUAAGCUCAUCCGAGCUGGCGGCCAACACCGCUGCUCUCCAGGCCGAGCUGGCAGAGCAGCUAAUUUUGGUGGCGGGUCUGAGCAGCGAUGCAGCCUCGUCCCUCGAGAUUAUCGGAUUCGAAGCCGUGAGCACGCUGCUCAUCACGAAGACCGAGACAAGCACCGCCACGACGUCUAGCCUCUCGAGCACGACGAAACUGACGGCCACCUCUGAGACGACAGCGACGACGACGAGCAUGUUCGUCGCGGAGUCCUUCCAGGCCCUCGGGCGGCCCACGGAGUGCAGCUUCAACGGCGACCGCACCAUCUUCCGCGCAGUAUUGGGGGCGUCUGCCACGGUGCUGCUCGGAGACCGUGUCUCGACGCGGCCGUUGACGCGUCUGGGCAAAGGCGCAGCCGUCUCGGAGGGCUUCACGGCACUCGUGAGCUCCGCCGAGGCCGCCGUCUCGGUGCAGGCGGCGCUCUCGCCCCUGCCCCGGGCCGCCCAGCCCUGCAGCGGCCUCGUGUUCUCCGGCACCGCGUCCGGGACCGCCGGCCGGGCGCCCGGGGUCGCCUGGCACUUCGGGCCGCGGACGCCGCAGGAGAUGGUGCCGCCCCUGCUCGCGGCCCUGCGGGCGGCGAACGCCUCGCAGAGCCUGCUGGUGCGCUUCGGCGCGGUCGACUUCUACGCGGCCGCGCAGGCGGCGAUGCAGGCAGCGGGCGGGGCGUCGAGCUCGCCCCUGUUCCUGGAGCUGGUGGUCGAGGCUACCAGCUGGCUGGGGUCCACGUCGUCGGCGUCGGCCGCCGUAGAGCUGCUCUGGGAGGCGGAGCCGCUGCCGACGCUGACGCCCGACGUGCCCACGGCGCUGGCACUGGGCACCGAGGCAGAGCUGACGCUGUCCGUGUCGACAGGCUUCGUGUCGCCCUCGGUCUGCACAGGCGUGGCGUCCGCCCGCCCACCUCCAGUGGUGCUGAGCUGGGAGAUCUGCGGCUUCCGUGGCAACCUCUCGUGGAUUCCGCUGGGCGAUGCGUCGGGGCCGAGCGACCUGGCCCGUUCGCCAAACGUGGUGAGCUUCGCGCCAUUCACCUUCGCCUCGGAGGCCAACUACUCGGUCCGCGUGACCGCCGCGUUCGAGGACACUCCCUCGACGGUGGCGCUGCCCGAGGUGGUCUUCCAGUUGCGGACCAGGCCCCCUCCGCCCCCCGUCGCCGUCGUCUCGGGACCGACAACAGCGACGUCUUCGUGCGCGUUCACCCUGAGCGGCUCGGGCUCCUACGAUCUCGGCGCGGAGCCGCUGACGUCCUGCGUGUACGACUACAGCGGCCUGGGCUACGCAGACUGUGACGCCGCCAUCGCCGAGCUCGCCGCGGACGGCUUCGGCGUCACGUGCGCGUACCUGCAGGAAACCUACCAUUGGUUCUGCACUGGCUGCGAUUGCGCUGGCGAGACCACGGACUACCAGACGCCGGUUCUCACAUACACGUGGUCGUGCAUGGCCGUCUCAGACGGCGACGGCAGCACCGACUGCGACGCUGUCGCCAAUCUUGACGCCGCCAAUGGCGCCGCGCUCACCAACGGCACUGGUGCCUCUGGGGAGCUCCUGCGCAUCGAAGGGGGCGUCCUGCCGCCAGGCACUUACGAGUUCUCGCUGACGGUAGGCCGCGCGACCGGCAUCUCGGGCACCACGGUCCACACCGUGGUGGUGGGCCAGGCCGGGCCGCCUCCCGUCGAGAUAACCACGCCGUGGGCGGACAUGGACAGGGUCUCAGUGCAGGUCGGGGACUUCUCCUCAGCCACCGCCACUCUGCAGGCCAGUCCGGGCUGCCCCGUGGCAGCGUCUUGGCUGUUCGCGUGGGCCCUGGCCUCCCCGGCGUGGAACUCCUCCGUGGUGGCCACCCCUGGGCCCAACGCCUCCAACACCGGCGGGGCCGCCCGGGAGUGGGCGGUGGAGCUGCUGCUGGAUACGCAGGUCCAGGAGGUGGCCUCGACCGUGCCGGCGACGUCGUUCGACCUGCUGGCGACGACGACGGCGGACGGCAUCCGCGGCCAGCUGACGGCAGGCCGCCAGUACGCCCUCGUGCUCCUCGUGCUGCCUCAGGCCCUGGCGCCCGGCGAGGCGCCGGACCUGAGCGGGCUGGGCACGGUCUCGGCCUGCGAGGCCAGGGGCAUGUUCGCCACGUUCUCGGGCUCCUUCGUGGCCGACGGCACGCCAGCUCCAGGCAUCGUGUCUGCGAGCCCUUCAUCGGGCUUCUCGGUCGUAACCUCCUUCGCCAUCUCCACGCUCGCGUGGACCGACGAGGAACCUUCGUCGCUCGAGUACGCGAUGUACCGGUUCCCGCAGUCGGAGCUGACAGAGGCCUGGGCGAUGCCGCUCAUCGAGUGGGACGACCCUCUCAGCCCAGCGUAUUGGUCGAAGCUGGGAGGGGCACUCCUGAGAGACUUCGAUGCCUCGCCAACACUCACGGACAUCAUCCUGCCAACAGGCACGUUCUUCUUCUUGGUGAGGGCCAGGGACAGUAUGGGUGCGAUCGGUACAGCUUCAUUGCCCGGCGUCGAAGUCGCCGUCUCAGAGGAGGCGCUGACCCUCGGCGAUGUCUCGUCUGCGUUCGACGCCGCCCGGGCCUCGAACAGUCCGGGCGCGGUCCUGAACACGCUGUCCGCGGUGACCGCGGCUGUGGCCUCCGGAGAAGACGAGGCGCUGAGGCGGGCUGCGGUGCAGGAGUCCUUGAACGCACUCACGUUCGUUGUUGGCAUUUUCCAGCCCGACUCCUCCAGUCCGUGUCCCAGCUCGGCUCGACCAUCAGCUCCAUGGUAUCCGCUGGCAGCGGCGCCAUGA